UGGAGUAGUUCGUUAACAAGGUCGGUAUAUAGGCGAACGCGCAAAUGGUUAAAGUUAUUGAAUUUUUAAAAUUCUUAAUUAAGUUGUUUUAAAAGUUCUGUAUUCUUUGUUGUGCUUGUAUACGGGCGCGAUAUGUAAUUACAGUCGUUCGAUGUAUCCACUGAUACUUUGCAAGAUGGAGGUUAUGUCUGAUAUUGCGAAUUCCAACUUUGAAUUAUAAACAGGUUAAAUAUAUUUUUAUCAAAGCUCGAACAAGAAAAAUGGACACAGGAAAUUCGACCUCCGGUGGUGACAGUUCCUCGCAGUUGAACUUAGAGAAGACGCCGCGUGCUGAACGAAGAGUCACUCGAGGCUCGCGACAAAGAGCUGUAGACAGCGUGACGAAGAAAUUCCUUCGAAAUUUUGAUCCAGAACAUAGCGAAAGAGAGAAGCGUAAACUUCAUCGGCGGUUAUACCAAGGUCACAAAAGACACGCUUUGUACGACGAAAAUGGUAUUUUCAUAGAAACAGGGGAGGAACCGUGCGAUUGUUUAUAUUUGAAUUGCUCAGGAUGCCAUUUCCCCUGCCCCAAAUGUGCUUCCACAAAAUGUGCUCAUGAAUGCAGGAGCAAUCGUAAAUGGACCUAUGAAUCGAUUGAAAACGAAGGUUGUGAUAUUGUUAUAAAAAAUCGUUUGUUAAAAGAUUCAUAAUUUUACAUACAAAGAGUAGAGUUAAGAGACAAAAGGUAAAAAAUGAUUGCAGAUGUAUGUAAGUCAGGAUUACAUAAAUUGUAUAGUUCUAAGCUGACAGUUAAGUAUAAUUGAUGUCAUGCGAGUACGAAAAUGCAAUAAAGUUA